AUUUCCUAAUGUCCGGACGCGGAAAGCAGGGCGGCAAGGCGCGCGCCAAGGCUAAGUCUCGCUCCUCGCGGGCCGGACUGCAGUUCCCCGUGGGCCGCGUGCACCGGCUGCUCCGCAAGGGCAACUACGCCGAGCGCGUCGGGGCGGGCGCGCCCGUGUACCUGGCGGCCGUGCUGGAGUACCUGACGGCCGAGAUCCUGGAGCUGGCGGGCAACGCGGCCCGCGACAACAAGAAGACGCGCAUCAUCCCGCGCCACCUGCAGCUGGCCAUCCGCAACGACGAGGAGCUCAACAAGCUGCUGGGCAAGGUGACCAUCGCGCAGGGCGGCGUGCUGCCCAACAUCCAGGCCGUGCUGCUGCCCAAGAAGACCGAGAGCCACCACAAGGCCAAGGGCAAGUAAAUCAAGUGCCUACAACCUACUGCCUUUUUUUUUUUAACCCAAAGGCUCUUUUCAGAGCCACACAUUUUCUCAAAAAGAGCCAGCUUUGGUGCUGUUUCACAAUCGUGCAGGAUAGCCACCUUCCUCCAUAGUCACUGCAGCUCGUUCAUCGGGAGUUACUGUCUUUGCUACUUGUGAUUCCUGCGCUUGAAUGAGGUCCUGGGAGAGGGGACUGUUAUUAAGGCUUUGAAUUUGGGGGGAGCCAGUAAAGGAGACGCUUGCGAAUCUCAGUAGACAUUAGGGGCACAGUUUGGCUCGGUAUUGAGUAGUUUCUCUAGGGAGGAGGGAAACCAAAGGUCAAACGAGAGGUAAAGAACUUAAC